AGGAUGGGAGCAGCAUGGAACUGUCCCAGCUCCUCAAUGAGAUCAGGGCAAACUAUGAAACGCUCAUCACCAGAAGUCAGAUAGAGACCAUCCUCUCAGCAGGGACCCAGGUAAUGAUUAUAUACAGAAAGGCACCUACCCGAAUAAGGAGGCAAUCCAAUGUGUACUCAGUUCCUCUCUCAGCCUCUGUGAGCUAGAAGAAGCCACUAGUGAAAGAAUGAGCAAAGACGAGGAAGCGCUAAAAGCAGCCAGGGCAGAACUAAAUGAAGCAAGACGCCAGUGGCACCAUAUGCAGAUGGAAAUUGAUUCUCUCCAUGCUGUGGAAAAGGGUCUGGAAAAUUCUCUGCGCACCUCAGAACAGCGGUACCAGACACAACUGAAGCAUCUGGAAGCAGAGAUUGAAGGCCUGGAGAGAGAGCUACAUAAAGUGCGGCAAGGGAUUGAAAAGCAGCUGCAGCAACACGAAAUAUUACUAAACACUAAGAUGAGGCUUGAGCAAGAAAUAGCUACGUACCGCAGUCUGCUAGAGAGGGAGGAGAAAAGGUUUCAUCGUUCUGCGUGCCAAGACAGAAAAGGUGACAAAAAGCGCACCACUAGCCAAAUAGCGUUUAUCUUACCUUCGUCAAGUGAGCUAAAGGCGCACGAGAUCGAAAAAGUGGAAAUACUGACAAAGCAAGCAGUCUUAAAUGGAAAUGUCGCAAAAGAGAGCGCAGAGGCUUGUGGCACGAUACAGACGGAGAAAGUAGAUGAAGUGAUUAAAGAAUGGGAAGGCUCUUUCUUUAAAGACAACCCUCGCUUAAGGAAAAAAUCAGUUUCUUUGCGGUUUGAUCUCCACUUGGCAGCCACAGAUGAAGGUUGUUUACAGACUAAACAGAAAGGCUUGCCUGAUAUCGAAGUGAGAUUGGUUAUGAGGCGGUCUUGCAGUAUCCCAUCCAUCAAAACCUAAAUCUGCAUCACACUUACCCAAGAUUAUUCAUGGAUGGGUUUCAGAAAUAAAUGGCAGUAUGGACCCAGGUGGACCACA